UGCUGCUGAGAGGCUUUGACCAGUGCUCGGAGCAACAACAGAUGCACACUUUGUCUUUUUUAGCUGUUAUAAUUAAGGAGAAAUGCAACAUUCACGCCCUUUCCAUCCAAUAUGAGCAACACGCCGGUCCAGGAUCCCCCCCCAGCCCAGGAAUUUUCCUCCGGCAGUGGGCAGACCUUGCCCUCCCGACCUUUACAGUCUGUUUCUGAUCCAGCUUCAAAAAGAGUAUGCUUCUACAAAAGCGGCGACUACAAAUUCAGCGGGCAUCGCAUGAUCAUCACUGCCCGCACUUUCAAGACCUUUGAUGCUCUGUUAGAUGCUCUGUCCAAGAAAGUGCCUCUGCCAUUUGGAGUUCGGACCAUCACCACCCCUCGAGGAACGCACCUCAUUAAAGCUUUAGAUGACAUACAGGAUGGGGGAGCUUAUGUGUGCUCUGAUCAGAAACGGGUAAAACCCCUAAACCUGGAUGAAGUGAACCGGCGGCAGGUACCUUGGAAUACCACCAGACCCCUUAGUGCAAAGCGGCUAAGGCGUCAAGGAGUCAAAUUUGGUCAGUUUGGCAGAAGCAAUGAAGCGACCAGCAGGCCGGCAAAGGUCACGGACAGGGUGGCAGUACGGACACCAAAGAGGCUCGUAGUCAUCAAGAACAGGGAUCCCACUGUUAGACGUACAGUCGUGUUGCAGAAGAGAACAGCACCAACAUUUAAUGCUUUGCUGGAUUACCUGUCUCAGAUACUACAGUUUCCAGUACUGAAACUCUUCUCUACGGAUGGCAGACGAGUGGACGGCCUUCCUGCACUUAUCCUGUGUUCUGGAGUCGUUGUGGCCGCAGGAAAUGAGCCGUUCAGAUUAGGAAACUCUAAUUUUCACAGAGGCGGCCAGAUGGCUCAGGUCAUGUACGUGGAAACUGCGGAAGCAUCAACAUUGCAACCUCAAUCCCAGAAGAACAAAUCUUCCUCGAGUGGAAGAGGCUCCAGGAACUUCUCUCUGUCUUCAGAGCGAUAUAUCGUCAACCAAAUAAACCAGUCUCGGAACGGAAGCACAAACGACUGCCCGAAUGAUCACGAUGGAUCAUUUGAAGCAGAAGCCCCUCAGCGUCGCACACCCACGGAGACAUGUGCAUCAGGAAACUUGGAGAACGAGCGCAACGCCUGCAUUGUACCUCACGAAGAUGAUAUUGAGAAGUCUUUCCGUGUGAAUCAAGACGGGAGUAUGACAGUGGAAAUGAAAGUUCGACUGACCAUUAAAGAGGAAGAGCUGCUCCACUGGACUACCACAGUUAGCCGCUCCAGCCUUAGCAAGAGCACAGUGUGUGCCUCUGUUUCUGGGUCAGGCAACAAUUCACCUGACUCAAACGUUGCCAACGACUCCUCCAAUAUCCAAGAGGAUGAAGCAAAAGAGAAGAACUACCGGGAUGGAGCUGAAAAAGGCGUGGGCUUCAACGACGACGGAAACUACGAAGGCUACACUACAACGACUUCGAGUAAAACAAAGACGAGUAUGAAGCGCGCUCCUACGCCAGGUCCUCGACACGUUAAUAAGAAAGCAUCUGUGGAGAGUAUGAAGGUGGUUACUGAGAGAGGGGUUCAGGAGAGCACACUGGGACACUAUUCCUACAUGGAGAGGACGGCUGACGGGGAGACGACCGAGGAGUACUGCCUCGUCAGACACAGCAGCAGCAACAGACCUGUCCCAAAACCUCGGAAAACGGCAUCGGCAGGAGCGAGCAAGAAACCCUCCUCCUUCACGUCAUCAGGGGUAGCUGAAGUCCUUCAAAUCCAGAAUGAUGGGAUGGCGGUUACAGAGACUGUGAUGCAUAUUUAUGAGAGCCAAGGCUGCUAUGACAACUAUUUUGCGAAUGAGGAAUACAGUGUAGAUGGUGCUUCUUUAAAUGGUUCCCCUCCGGGGCCAGAAAGCACUGGCACCGACUCGGGGCCACGAUCUUCCAACAAUGAUUGUGAUAUAGAUGGUAACUGGCAUCCACCCACUGCCGACUCACAGAGGCAAAACGAGGAGAUGUUAUCACUGUCAUCAGAGCCAGACCCUCAAACACAUCGGGUUACAAACAAACAGUAUUCAGUGACUGAGAAUAAAGCCCUGUCUGCCAGGAAAACGCAAAUAUCGGAGACAGUAGCAAAAGACAACAUUCAUAAAAGCGUUAAAAAGAAAAGGAUUAAUAGGUCAGAUGGAAGUCAGAAACAAUCUGAUUCAACAGGUAGCACGGGUAAAAAACAAGAGAAAAGAGUUAUCAGCGCCUCAAAACAAAGCAAAUAUUCAUCUACAGACAAGCUUAGCAGUGAUGCCAGCUUCACUAGAAAGAGUAAGAAUUCAUUAGAAAGUUUUAAAGCUGGUUCAAAGAAUAAAGGUGCACAAAUGAAGGCAGGAAAGGCUCAGUCUAUGAAAUCGGUCAGAGAAAAUACACCCCAGAAAGAUAUGAAGCUAUCAGUUAGUGUGGGAAAUCUUAAAAGGGCAACAUCUCAGAGAGAAAACAUAAAUAAAGUAUCUUCUCAGGACAAUGGCCAUAAUGUAAACACAUCCACCGGUAGGCCUCAAAUGAAGAAAAACUUGUCAGACAUUUUAAAAGCAAAAAAAUCACCUUUGUCAAGCAAAACAACAAUCAGCAAGCCAAAAUCCAUGAUCGAGGGUAAACUGUCACCCCCCAAGCCUGCAUUUGAACUCAGCGAAUGUAGUUCAAUGCCUUCUCUCAACCCCUCCCCCUCAGAAAUCCAUCAGUAUGUGGAGAACUGGCUGGAAAAAGUCAGCCCAGACGCAGUGCCAUACCCAGUGGAAGCUAUCGCAGAUGAAGCAGAGCCUCGGGCACAGGUCAUAUUUAAGAUAGGCGCCGACACUGAAUCCGAUGAAAUAAGUGAAUGCCAGAAUGAUUUAAAUGAUACUAUGAAGAAAUCCUCCUCUUGUUUAUCGGUCCCUCUCUGCCAUCAAGGUCCAACAGCUCUGCUGCACAGUGAGCAGAGAUCUCGAGGUUUAUGCGUUUCAAUGCCGAGUGUCAGAGCUGACCAUGUCGACCAGGAAAACACGCUGAGGUCGCACAAAUCUGCAGAGGCCAUUGGUCCGGAUGAUAGCGAAAUGUCUACAUCCGACCUUUUGAGCCCCAAAGCAAAGAUCAAACCUGUCCUUCGGCAGCUGUGUUCAUCGAUCCAGUGCAUCAGAAGAGCGUCGGCCAGCGAAGCGCCGUCCACUCUUCACAGUUCCAACAGCCUUCCCGACUUCUCGACACAAGUGGCUUCAGUUUUUGGCUCGUCGUGUAAAGCCCUCUUGUCAUUCUUAUCAGUAGUGACUUUGAGGGACAAUCUAAAUGGCCCCGCGCCAGAAGACAGCAACCAGUCAGGAGCCUCCUCGGAGGCAAUGUUCAUGAUGGAAUCCUUGCAGAAAAUCUCUGUUAUGGACGAUGAAGAAGAGCAAAGGGCGAGCCUGACCGAUCUGCAAAGCCGAUCGUCGUCUAGGUUCAGAGAGCGUUGGCAGGAUUUCCAGAUUCUGAGGGAAAGACUUGAAAGUGAACCUCUAUCCCCAAAAGUUUCAGAAACUGAGUUUGCACUGGAUGUUGUCUCUGACGGUGGUGAUCCAUUUGAAGAUCAGAAUUUGGGCAUUGAUGAGCUAAUGGACGAGCUGAACAUGCCACAAGACCUCAGAGCAGAGAUUACUUCAACAAUUCAAUAUUCUAAAAGUUUCUACCCCGUUGAGGAGAGCACAUACGUUGAAACUGUUAGACACCACUCAGACUCUGAAGAAGAUGUGGAGCAAUUUAUCAGAGAAAGUGAAGACGAAGCAAACCAUUCGCCAGAACUUGAUACAGCAGCUGAGGAUCCAGCUGAGAUAAAACAUGAUGAUGAUGAUGAUGAUGCUGAUGCUGAUGAUGAACAUGAGGCUCAGGAGAUAGACAAAGAAGCAGAUGAGCCUUCACAAGAGGAAGAAAAGGAGGCAGUAGAGUUUGUGGAGAUAAAGGAACUUAGCAAUGCAACAGCAAUAGAUGCUGGUGAAGUGGACGGUGAGGAGGAAUGGGAGGAAGAUGAAAAAGAAGCCGCAAAAGAGAUGGACGAAGACGGUGAGCAGCAGGAGGAUUUGGAGGAAGAAGAAGGAAGUGAUAAGGAAAUGAUUAAGAAAAUAGAUGAGGAAAGAGACGAACAGAUGAUAAGUGAUGGAGAAGAAAUGGGGAAAAGAUUAGAAGAAGAAACUGAGGAGAAAGAUGAAGCAUUAGUGGAGGAGGAAACGAAAAAUGUCUUCAGUGCUGAAGAUACAGAUGAGAGAGAGGGUGCUGAAGAGACAGAACAUACCGAAAACAGCGAGGAAGGGGAACCCGAAGAAGAAGAAGAAGAAGAGGACCAAAAGCAAAAUGAAGUAGAUAAAGUAGAAGAUUCAAAUGAUGAGAUAGAUGAUGAGGAAGAAGAAGAGGCAGAAGAGGAAGUGGAAGAAAGCAAUGAGACUAUGGGACAGGUUGCUGAGGAAAAAUAUGACGAAGAAGAGGUGGAAGUAGGGGAGGGAGACGAAAUAGAUGCGGUUACUGAAAAUCAUAUAGAAGAGGAGGAUAUUGACGAGGGAAAUGAAGAGGAUGAGGAUGAGGAGGAUGAGGGAAAAGAAGAAAGUAAAGGAGAGCCGUUAAUAGAGGCAAUUUGCGAAGGAAAUAGCGGCGAGGAGGAAGGGCAUGAAGAUGAUGAAGACAAAGAACAAGAAGAAGAUAAGGAUAGUGAGACGGAUGUGGAUGGAGAAAAGUGUGAUGAGGUGGAAGAUGGCAUGUCUUCUGUAGAGAAAAGAGGAAGUAGUCUGGAGGCAGACUUAGCUGAAGAAGAAGAAGUCGUGGAUGAAUUGGAGAUUGAAGAAAAUAUGGCAGCAGAGCCGACCAUCUAUGAAGAGGAGGGGGAUGAUGAUGAAGAGGAUGGUGAUGAUGAUGCUGAUGAUGAUGCUGAUGAUGAUGAAGGAAAUGAGUUAGACGAGGGACUAAAGGAAUCAGAACCACAUGAUAAAGCAGAGGAAGGGACUUCUUCUGAAGGCAUCCACAGUUUCUCUGAUGAUGAAGAUUGUAAAAACUCGUUGGAGGAGGCCUCGUUGUUGCAGCAGCUCAGUAGUAGCUCUGAGAAAGCAAGUUCAGAGUGUAACCCAGAAUCCCCAACCAAAUAUUCCUCUGAAGGUCACUGCGAGGAUGACAAAGGUACAGACACGGUUCAUGAAACAGAUGAAGGUGGAGAGGAGCGCGAGAAAAGAAGUGACAGUUCAUCCCAUCCAGUGGAAAUAUCCCAGGACUUACUUGACUUUGUGAACUUCGCCCUGCAGACAUGCUCACUCACGUUCACAUACGACAAUCGGGGGCAUAUUCGGAUCGAGCCUGAAAAUGCUAGAAUUGUACAAAGUAUGAUAGCAAGAAGUAAAAAUGAUAGUUCAUAUGGUGUGAAACGUCUCCCGAGCCCGAGCACUUCUGAUUUAUCCGAUUACAGACCGGAGACGUCAGAGAGUGGAGGGUAUAAAACUCAGGACUCUGUAGAUAUUGUCUCAGAGAGUGGAGAAGAGGGCUCAGGGAAACCUUUUCGAGUCCGCACGCGGUCAGCACUCAGGUUAAGAACCAAGGUGGAGCAGGCUAGCACAAAACCAUCUGUUGCAAGUAGCACAGAAGCCUUGCACCCUUCUCGAUUUAUAAACUCUGGGAGUUUCUCUUCCAGGGAUGCGACCAAGAAAGCCUCGAGGGAGGAUCUCUCUUAUUUCAGUGCUGCAAGCUCAUAUAAAGUAGACGCUGAAGCUGACACACAAAAAGCACAGCGUAUUUGUUUUACCUCUGAUAAAGAGUCAGUGGAUGGGGUUUUAAUCGAUCGAGGGAGAUGGCUUCUAAAGGAGAACCAUCUCAUAAGAAAUUCUCCUCCAGUCUCCCUGGGAAUGUACGGCAAUUUGGAUAGCAGCUCCAUGGACACCGGUCACGAUAACACGAGCGAGGAUUCCCUGCAUCACUUAAAGACUCUGCACAACCCCCUUGCUGCCAUAUCCUCCUCUGAGCUCGAGGAGAUGGCAAAGCCUGCAACUCUAAAGUGCUCCUACUACAACAUGCCACACGGAAGCGACUCUGACCCCUUUUUAGAUGACUCCAGCAUCCGAAGUGCAAAACGCGAUGCAAGCAGUGUGAAGGGAAGAGGCUUCAGAGUGUCGCCCACUGUUAACACUUCAAAAACAUGGGUAAAUAAAAAUGGCAGUCUGUCAUCGUUUGCAUCAGUUGAAUUUAAAAUCCCUGACAGAAAAGUGCACCCUGACGGUGAACCCUCAGCUGUGCAACAGGUUAGGAGGACAUCUGGUGGCGAGCAGGUGGUACUGCAGGCACAAGACUCUAUGGACUCGCUGCGUUUGAGAUGCGGCCAAUACUGCCCCAUACUAUGAAAGAAGGAGACAACGUUUUACAAAAAUAAAGUGGACUGUCUGUUUUGUGUUAUAUUUUGUCCAUCUAAUGCUGCUAGAAAAGUUUUGUUCUUUGAAUGUAACUAUUAUCAACAUGAACCUCAUAGAUGUGACAGAGGAGAGUUGUGCCUCUUAUUUUAGGUGGAAUGUAGUCACAAUUAUUUUUAUACACAUAAUAACUUUCUGGUGGCGAAUGUGAUAUUGUGAAUGACAAAGAUGAAAAAAAUAUCUAUAUUUUUUUACAGAUUCAAUCCUGCUCACUGUUAUUACUGCAUUAUUUCACUGCAAACACCACGAAUCACAGAUUUCGUCCUGAAUGUAUUAUGUUACAAUGAAUGUCUAUAUCUGCCAAAGGAAGUGGAUAUAUUGACUACAACUCCACAUUUUAUGUUUAUUUCAAUUCCUGCAAGAUGUCAAAAAACGUGCACACUUCCCAAAUAAAGUUAU